AUGGAGGCGGUCAGAGGCACGAGAUGGGAGGCGAUAGAAGGAAACAUCUCGGAACAGAAGGUGGACAAGCGAGAGCCGAUAGCAUGGCUGGUCGAUGAACACAAUCCGAUUGUGCACCGGCCCGGAUUCGAAGCCUCGAAGUCUGGACCUUCCAGGAAGCACCACACCAUGGAGCCCAAGAACGAUGCUGGGGGCAUUUUCGACGAUUUCAACCCGCACAUGCAUCCGGACCUGUGGGGGACAAAGUUCCAGUUGCGGCUGUGCCAUGCACUGACCACUAACCGUGUGUUUAUCACUCUGCUUUGCGACAUGGCUCCCAGCGGCCCUUCCAGAUUGAAGCCUUCAAGGCUCACACUUACCCGGCAGGACACCAUCAAAUAUCUGGAGAAGAUGGGCCGGGAGCGGAAUCCACACUUCAAUGUGUCUUGGAUCCACUUCGGCCUUAGCGGAGGAUCCUACUACAAGGCAGAGGCCAUCUUAGAUGCCUUCGACCCGAAGUGGGUGCGACGCCUCGACUUCGAAGGCAUGGAGAAGCGUGAAGGAGACAAGACCAUGAGCAGCGAUUUCGCCAUGCUGGUUGCCCUCUAUGCUCGCGGAUGGGAUGUGUACCCCUGGGAUGAGGUUUCUCAGCACUGGCUGGCCCCUCGCAAGCCCGGUGACCCAGAGAGGAAAUCAGAGAAGAUGAGCGCAGCCUUCGAGCACAACCACAAGGAGCACUACAACGAUCACGUGCCGGACGAAGAGCGCAAGCUGAUCACCACCUUCGUGCAGAGGCAACAGGACACAACCUGCCAUGGCUGCGUCUGGUACCAUGAUGCCGACCCGCAUCAGGUGCGUCCCAUCCCGGGCAAGCAGCCACCCAUGCCGGUCAAGUGGCGAUACCCUCUGAAGCACUCUGCCGACCACCAGCAGCAGGAGGACUCAGCGGCUGGAGCUCGAGAGAAGACAAAAGCAGAAGACAUGGAUGGGAUGCUAGCCUUCCGAAGAAUAGCCGAAUUUAUCGGGUUUAUGCCAGGAAAUUCCGCAGUUAGGUCAAUCAUCAAAUCAUUAAGUCCUUACGCUUGCCUGUUGAGCCGCGCACGGGCAUCCGCGUCCGGGUGGAAGAGAUUGGGCAUCAUCUUUCCUUUGAACACCGGUGGUCAUAGCGUGCAUGGACCUCGGCAGGCGAUCUAA